GGCCCGGCCGCGAGACGGGCUUCCGGCCGUCGAUCUCGCUGCAGCGGCGGAGCCGAGCGCGGACCCGCGGACGAGACGCGGCGGCGGCGGCGGCGGCGGCGCCGCCCAGGCCCACCAUGUCCCGGCCCCAGAACUCAGAGCCAGGCCUCAGCACGCAGGAGGGCUCCCCAGCAGGCAGCAGGGAUGAGGAGGCUGCUGAUGGAGUCCAGCAUUCCCACCGCAUGCUCAACUUCAGUGAUGCCCUGCUGUCCAUCAUCGCCACUGUAAUGAUCCUGCCUGUGACCCACACGGAGAUCUCCCCGGAACAGCAGUUUGACAAAAGUAUCCAGAAACUUCUAGCAACCAGGAUCGCUGUCUACCUGAUGACGUUUCUCAUCGUGACGGUGGCCUGGGCAGCACACACACGGUUGUUCCAGGUUGUUGGGAAAAUAGAUGAUACACUUGCUUUGCUUAACCUGGCCUGCAUGAUGACCAUCACCUUCCUGCCAUUCACAUUUUCCUUAAUGGUGACCUUCCCUGAGGUGCCUCUGGGCAUCUUCUUGUUCUGUAUGUGUGUGAUCGCCAUCGGGGCUGUGCAGCCUGCUCUCUCACAGGCCCUGAUCGUGGUGUACGCCUUCCACUCCCCCCACCUCCUGAACCCCCACAUAGAGGGCUCCGCCCACAGGGCCCACUACCGGCAGCAUGUGCUCUGCGUCGUCCUCCAGGGCCCUGCGCUCUGCUUCGCAGCAGCCGGCUUCUCCCUGUUCUUCUACCCUGCGUCAUACCUGCUCAUGGCGACAGUUAUCUUCCUGCCCUACCUCAGCAAGGCUGCCGGCUGGUGCAGAGGCAAGCUUGUGGGCCCCCGGGAGCCCCCAGCUCACAGUGUGGAGUAUUUCACUUUUGACCUGCACGAGCCUUUCAGCAAAGAGCGGGUGGAGGCCUUCAGUGACGGGGUCUAUGCCAUUGUGGCUACACUCCUCAUUCUGGACAUCUGCGAGGACAAUGUCCCAGACUCCAAGGACGUGAGGGAGAAGUUCCACGGCAGCCUAGUGGCAGCGCUGAGUAUGUAUGGGCCACACUUCCUGGCCUACUUCGGCUCCUUCGCCACAGUGGGCCUGCUCUGGUUUGCCCACCACUCACUCUUCCUACACAUCCGCAAGGCCACACAGUCCAUGGGGCUGCUGAACACGCUCUCGCUGGCCUUCGUGGGUGGCCUCCCGCUGGCGUACCAGCAGACCUCAGCCUUCGCCCAGCAGCCCCGAGACGAGCUCGAGAGCGUGCGCAUCAGCUGCGCCAUCAUCUUCUUCGCCAGCAUCUUCCAGUUUGCCAUCUGGACCACAGCCCUGUUGCACGAGAGGGAGACACUGCAGCCCUCGGUACGAUUCGGAGGCCAGGAGCACGCGUUCAUGUUUGCCAAGCUUGCGCUGUACCCAUGCGCCAGCCUGCUGGCCUUCGUCUCCACCUGCUUCCUAAGCAGAUUCAGCACAGCCAUCUUCCACCUCAUGCAGAUCGCCGUGCCGUUUGGCUUCCUGCUGCUGCGCCUGCUCGUGCGCCUGGCCCUGGCGCUCCUGCAGGCUCUGUGGGCCCUUGCCCUGCCCACGGACCACAGCAGCCAUGGCGCACAGUCUCCACUCCUCCCUGCUUCCUGCUAGCAUGAGGCCUACCUGCCUGGCCUGAGGUUCAGCUGCCAGCCACGUUCCCCGGGUUCAGGCUGUAUUUCCAUCAGGUGACUUCACAUUCAGCUUCAGAGGUUUCUCACUCUUGUCAAAAGGAGUUUGACAGGAGCUUCACUUGGCAUUUUUUUACAUGCCCACUCGUUGCUGGCGCAUGCUGUCUCCAUCCAGCUAAGGCGAGCCCCUUGGGGACUCCAGUCAGUGGUUCCAGGGACAGCUGGCCCCCUGAAAACCCACAGCCUAGGCCCAUGGGGGGCAGGGACACGUAUGUUGCUCUAAGACCCCCACAGGGAACCCAGCCACUCCCCCUGAUGGGCUGGACUGCCUGAGCCCAGUCCCCUCCACACGCAAAGCCCUCUGACUGAACUGCCAGGCCUCAACUCCUGCCACAGUCAGUAGGCGCAGAGGCAGCAGAACCCAUGUGCCUCGGUAUCUGUCCCAGACACACGUCACAGCCAGGUGGCGGUGGGCUCCACACAAGGGCAUUGUCACAGACUCAGAGCAGGGUCACACUGUAACCACAUUUACAGACAACUCCCACAGACCAAAACCAACGAAAUAAAAUCUAAUUACACCACCAGGCACAAGAACAGGAGGGAUGGACAUCUGUGUGCUGGAGGCAUGACAAGGACGUUUUGCCAUAAACAGUCGUCUCGGUACAAA